CACGUCUAACACCUUGUGUAUUUUAACUUUAGAGCGUGUAAAAGCGGUUAUUUCUGUCCUUUCAAUCAAACUGCACUUAGCUUGGAUAGUGAGAUUAUAUCUUCUAGAUUACACUGGUGAUAAAUCCAGGAGAAUUCUUCAGUCCGGCUGGAAAGAGGUGUAAAAGGAGAGCUCCGCUGUAGCCCGGCUCCUGCAGUCAUGUUGGCCGAGCCGUGCGCGCUGAGGCUCGGCGUGCUGUGCGCGCUCCUGUGCGCGUCCGCGUGCGUGUCGGUGGAUGCGGUUCUGGAUCCGGUGCGUGCGGAGUCUGCGGUGCUGAAGCCGCGGGUGAUGAUCGCGGUGUUGGCCCGGAACUCUGCUCACAGCCUGCCGCACUUCCUGGGCUGCAUCGAUCGCCUGGAGUACCCCAAAGAGCGCAUGGCCAUAUGGGCAGCAACAGAUCACAACGUGGACAACACCACGGCCGUGCUGAAAGAGUGGAUGAAAUCGGCUCAGAGACGAUAUCACUAUGUGGAGUGGAGACCGAUGGAGGAGCCGCACUCUUAUACAGACGAGUGGGGGCCCAAGCACUGGCCGCUGUCCCGAUUUAACCACCUGCUGAAGCUCAGACAGGCCGCUCUGGAGGCAGCACGCCACCGAUGGGCCGACUACAUCCUGUUUGUGGACAGUGAUAAUCUGCUGACUAACCCACGGGUGUUGGACCUCCUGAUAGCAGAGAAUCGGACUCUGGUGGCGCCCAUGUUGGAAUCACGUUCGCUCUACUCCAACUUCUGGUGUGGCAUCACUCCCCAGGGCUACUAUAAGCGCACACCGGACUAUCAGCCCAUCCGUGAGUGGAGACGUCUGGGCUGCUUCCCUGUUCCCAUGAUUCACUCCACCUUCCUGCUGGAUUUGAGACGCAGCUCCUCUCGCACACUGGCCUUCUAUCCUCCACAUCCUGACUACAGCUGGGCCUUUGAUGACAUCAUGGUGUUCGCUUUUUCUGCUCGUGAAGCAGGUGUACAGAUGUUUGUGUGUAACAAGGAGCACUAUGGUUUCCUACCCAUUCCUCUGAAGGCCCAUCAGAGCGUAGAGGAUGAAGAGGAAAGUUUCACGCAUACCAUCACUGAGGCACUCAUUGACCACCAAAUUGAGCCUUCAGAGUUUGUGUUUGUUCCUCCAAAACCUCAGGACAAGAUGGAGUUUGAUGAGAUCUACUUGAUUAAUCUGAAGCGGAGGAGGGACCGGAGGGAGCGGAUGUUGAGUUCUCUGGCCGCUCUGGGUGUGGAGGUCACUAUCACCAACGCUGUGGAUGGCAAGGCUCUGAACUCGUCUCAGCUGCAGGCGUUGGGGAUUGAGAUGAUGCCGGAUUAUAAAGAUCCGUAUUCAGGCAGGGUGCUGACCAGAGGAGAAAUCGGCUGCUUCCUCAGCCACCACUCUAUAUGGACAGAGAUGGUGGAGAAGGGUCUGCAGCGUGUGUUAGUUCUGGAGGAUGAUGUGAGAUUUGAGCCCAGGUUUAAGAGGAGGCUGCAAACCAUCAUGGAGGAUGUGGAGAAGGUUCAGCUGGACUGGGACCUCAUCUAUGUGGGGCGUAAGCGGAUGCAGGUGGCUCAGCCCGAGCUCUCUGUGGAUGGAGUGGAUAACCUGGUGGAGGCUGAUUACUCGUACUGGACGCUGGCUUACGCUCUCUCUCUGAACGGAGCCAACAAACUGCUCUCGGCUCAGCCCUUCACCCGCAUGCUGCCUGUGGACGAGUUCCUGCCCGUCAUGUUCAACAAACACCCCAACACAGCGUACAUGUCCCACUUCGAGCCGAGGGAUUUGCGAGCGUUCUCGGUAGAGCCGUUGCUGGUUUACCCGACGCACUACACGGGCGAGCCGGGUUACUUCAGCGACACUGAGACGUCCACCAUCUGGGACGAUGAGGCCGUCAGUACGGACUGGGACCGAACCCACGCUCAGAAAACCGCCCAACAGGACCGCAUUCGGCCCAUCGCCCAGAACAGCGUGACUGGGGAAUCGCCACCCCCUGCUGCCCGUGCAUCACGAGACGAACUGUGAAAAGACUCUAGCAAGAAAGAUGUCUAUGCAGAUUAUUAGGAAACUGAAUUGUGUACAAUAGUAAGUCAAGAACUAGACUGUACUAUGAUUUUAAAGAUGUUUUACCACUUAUGAAAGGUUCUUCAUCAGCUCAGUAGAAGAGAAUAGAAUUGUUAGCGCACAUUGCCUCAAAGCAGUUCUACUAACAUCAGAGGAUUAAUGGUAGGGAGGUAGCUGGAGGAAGAAAACUUGUGAGGAACCAAGAUUCAGAAGGGGCAGACUAUCCUUUAUUGGUCAGCAAGAAGAAAAAAAAAAUCUAUUUUUAUAUAGGGUUUCCAGUUUCUAGUGGAUGGUUAGCAGUAAGGAUAGCAGUACGCUAAUUAUUAAUGGAAUUAUGCUCUCAGUAAAGACAGGUUUCUUGUUGUUCAACACUUAAUGGUCAAUCAAAGAAGAAAGAGAAGGGCCUUGUAGUCACCAGGAUGAUGACAGAAACUUGUGUGACUUAGAAUGGCAGAAGUAGGAAUAUGGAGGAUAUGGUAGACAUCACUUCUGAUUGUGAAGCUCACAGACCACAGGUUUGGUGCAGAAACUUGUAGCCCUCGGGACUUUUGAGCUUCAGGACUGGAGCAUGAAGGCCUCAAGAAUGGAUCAGGAACAGGUAGACCCUAGGGACUGGUGCAGAAGCUUGUAGACCAUAAGGAUUGGUGCAGAAGCUUGUAGACAUCAUGAUUACAGCAGAAAUUAUAGGCCUCCUGUGUAGAGCAGAAGCAGAUAGGCCUUGGAUUUGAUGCAGAAACUUGUGUGCCUCAGGUUUGGAGUAGAUGCUUGUAGGCUUCAGAACUGGAGCAGGAGCUGGUAGCCCUUAAAGACAGGUGCAGAAACAUGUAGAUCCAGGAAAUUAGCUGAAGCUUGAAGGCCUCAAGACUGGAGCAGGAGAUAGCAGACCCUAAGGGUUGGUGCAGAAGCUUGUAGACCCAGGAUUGGAGCAGGAACCUGAAAGCCUCAGGAUAGGAGCAUGAGCUUAUAGGCCUCAGGACUGGAGCAGAGAUAUUAGACUCCGAGUGUUGGUGCAGACACAUGUAGACCACAGGACUAGAACAGAAGCUGGUAGAAAUCAGGACUGGAGUGGAAUCUUGUAGACCUCAGGAACAGAGAAGGAGCCUGAAGGCCUCAAGAUCGUGUUGAUGCAGACUGUUGGUGCAGAAGCUUGUAGACCCAGCUUGUACACAGGAAUAGAGGCUAAUAAUUUCUUAACAAUACCUUAAUAUAUAUCUGAGGAGCCGAAUCAGGUGUGUUUGGAUAUAAAACCAAGAAGGGCCAUCCUAACAUUUUUCAGACCAGAUCACACUUCCAGACUCCAAAGAUUGGAAAGAGUUCUGUCCCAAAUGCUGGACUUCAGGUGUAGUUAGCUUUCUUACUAAAAUGUCAGCCAUUUCAAGAAACACAAGAAGAAGCAGAAUCCGUUCUAACAAGACUUUUUUUUCAAGGCUUGUUUUUGAUGGCAAGAGCAUCACCUGCUGCUAAUUUGCUCAUUAGCUUGAUACUAUCAACAUGUUAUGCCAGACUUAUAAGAAUAAAUUCUAGUAAACAUUCUUGUCUUGAACAUUAGUACUUGGGGGUUUUCCCACUGCUCUGUAUAACUGAUGAAGAACCUCAGAUGAGUGUUAAAACAUCUUCAAGCCUGGAGGGAGAGACUUACACACAUACCCACAAGCUCACACUACCAACGGAUUAUCAAAUCACAGUCGUUACCCAUCAGCUACCUCCCUCAUUUGCUGGUUGUUCAGCCAAUAGCAUUGCAGCAGGCUGAGAUGCUCAGACAUGAUUGGUGAACACCAGUGGUAGGAGAAGAAGCGGAGGAAGAGGGGGACAAAGGCUCCUGUUUUAAACCCACUUUAUUUAUUUCCACAGAUGGUGUGUCACUGGAUUUAUCCGUCUGUCUGUCCACAGAUUUGUCCCUGGAGGAUAUUGUGAGACACCUAUAAAGACAGACAGACAAAUAAUUACACAUACAGGGGACACACAUACAUUUGGCAGUAUGAACAAAAAUGAUCACAAAACAUUUGGUCUUUUUUUAUUUCACUGCAAAUAAAAACUGAUGUCUAACAGGGUGCAGGUGUUGAAUAAAAAAGAGAAUAUCUGUG